AUGAUACUCGGAAACUUUACCGCCGAAAUCCUUGAAUUCUCCCGUUCUCAGGAUGAAGAUCCCUUGGACUUUAGCGAAUCAUUGUGGGAUAGAACAGAUUCGCCCAAGCUAGACGGUUUGGGAGUUAUCUUGCCGUUUAGGUUCACUCUUGUAUCUCGUCCAUGGCAGCAGCAUGUCGUUCUCACGCUUCAUACUUCGCACGUCCAGUGGGAUGGAAUUUCUAUCCCCCGGCUGUUCAGCGACUUCGCCUCCAUCUUUAACCAAACACCUCUGCCGCCGACUACGGACUUUGCUCAAUACUCGUACUACCGCGCGCACAAGUACAAAAAGAAAAGCAUCCCGAUUUCCAGUUUUGGCGCGAGUAUCUUGACUGCGCGGAGAUGGCGGUCUCAUUCCCACCAAAUGCAGAACCAGCAGCAGCAGAGCAAUCAGAUGAGUCCCUAUGGACGGUCAAAGGAAUCUCUCUGCCUCCCCAACUACCAGCAGGGGUAG